UUUGGCUUCUCGUCUGAUUAAGCGCACCGCUCGCGCUGCAGAGGCGGACUCGUGAGCGCGUGAUAGUUUCUCUUUUUUCAGAAAACCCUCACCAGUUUCUGUCUGAUUGCAGAGUUCAGCUUGUCUGCAGCGGAAACAGAAGAAACAGAACCCACUCGGUCAACAGACGCAGCACGCGAUGCUUAAGCGGCAGUUUUCACUACUCAUCUCCUGUAAGGACCUACAACUUGCCUUAAAGUGUGGAUAACGACAGCGGAGAAUAAUCAUUCACCGGCCGUGGGAAUGAACUCCAGCACACCAUACCAAUGUGAUUGGGUGUGUUGGGUCCAGAGCUGUGUAUAUGUACCCAUUCUGGUUUUCGGUUUCCCUCUGAUCCUGGCCGCUCUGUGGCAGCUGCUCUUCCGCAUUCGACGCUGGAGCGAAUCCACGGUUUACCUCAGCAACCUGAUCAUCAACGACAGCCUGCUGAUGCUGUCCCUGCCCUUUAAAAUACAUGCCUACAAGAAGCCCUGGACCAUAGGCCAGACUUUCUGCUCCCUGCUGGAGAGCCUGCUUUAUGUCAACAUCUACGGCAGCAUCAUGCUGAGCAUGUGUAUCGCGGUCGACCGAUACAUCGCUCUACAGUUUCCAUUCGCUGCACGCCGUCUGCGAUCUCCGCGCAAGGCAGUGAUUGUGUGCCUAGUCUUGUGGAUGCUGGUCUUUGGAUGCAGCUUUCCCAUCUACAGACUUCACGAUGUUGAACAAUAUAACAAAACAUUUUACUGCUUCGAGGACUUCUCCAACACAACUUGGACGAAAAGUUGGAUUCUGGCGUCUAUGGAGACGGUGUUUUGCAGCAGCGCCGUGGUGAUGGUGUUCUGUUCCGUGCGUGUGGUGCAAAUCCUGCACAAUCUGAGGAAGCGCAACCCUGGAGAUUCCAAACUGCGCAACAACAAGAGCAUGAAGAUCGUUGUCAGCAACCUGGUGGUCUUCCUCACAUGCUUCAUUCCUUACCACAUAGCGGCGCCCAUAUACUUCCAUGCCAAGACAGGCAGGUGGAACCAAAACACCAUCAAUCAUCUACGCUACUUUGUUCACAUAAGCAUAUGUAUUAGCAACGUGAACAUCUUGGCAGAUGGCGCAUGUUACUACUUCAUCCUUAAGGAGAACCUGGAAUCCGCAAAGCGAGAGAGGAGAAUGGCUAUACGCAUCAGAGAGACACGAUUUCGAAGAUCAAAGAGUCAAACGUUUGGAGAAAUGCAUAAUGGUACGUCCAAAGCCAGUAAAACUAUGGAAAUAUGUGUGAAUACUGGUUUUACAUAAAGAUCUACACCAAAACUCAUGGAGACCGAAUGCUAGGAUGAUUAAUCCUACAGGACACAGCAAAGGAAGACAGAAGACAGUGAGACAUGCUCAAGUAGAUGAGUAUGCAGGUGGAUAAGAAGUAUAUCCACACGGGAUGUGUGUUUACAUGAUGUGACAUAUGAGAAUUUUCGGGUCCCAAACAAAAUCACAGUAACUCUUAUACACUGGAACUUGUUAUAAAUGUGAAACCACGACAAUUUUAAAUUUGCUGGAAAAUUUUUGUAACAAAAUAUAGUGGUAUUUUUAUUAUUAUAGAUUUUUUUAAAUCAUGUAACAGAAAGUUAAUGGUUUACAGUUUAUAUGAACCAUGAUAUGAAUAUUUUGUUAUUUUGGAGCAAAUGUUUAUGUGGGUCAGAUCCCCUCCCCCCAAAAAAAAGAUAAAAAAGAAAGAAAGAAUAAGAGUAUAUUUUUAUAUUUAAUUGUACUUUAUUGGAAUCCUUACUUUUUUGCAUUGUGACAUUAUUUAAAGACAUUUAAUUCAAUUUUACCACUUUAUUUUUUUACCAUCUUAAUUGUUCUUGAAUUAUGAUUUUCAUCACUGUAAUACAUAUCAUUUUUAUUCACCAGUAUUACUGUAAAAAUACUCAACUCAACCUUUAUUUAUAAAGCACUUUCAAAACCAUAAAAAUGGACCAAAGUGCUGUACACAAGCAGUAUGUAAUAAAGAUAAAAAACAUUAAAACAUAGGAACAAAAAAUAAAAUAAAAGACAAGUCAUUAACAAUUAUCCUGACUUUGUAAAUACUGUAAUAAAGCCAGUAAAACAAAUAAAAAUAUAUACAAAUGUCCUCAUUACUGUAAUGCAAAACAAAGCCUAAUUCUCAUUAAUGUAACAUUAAAAUUACUAUAAAUAGUA